AUGUCAGUUUCAAAAUUAGAAUCACUUCCAAAUGAAGUAUUAUGUGAUAUAAUUGAGAACUACAUAGAUGGUGUUGAUGCAUUAGCAACUUUUAAUCCUCAAUUUAAUCGUCGUUUCGAUAGCCUCAUUUCUCAAUGUUUACGUCUUCAUUUCAAUUUCAUUCAAUGUCAAAAAGAAGAUUUUCAUCUUUGUAUGAAUCUUUUACCAAAUUACAUUGACAAAAUAGAAGAAUUAUUUUUAUCAGAAUACAACACACCUGGUCAAAUUCGUGCUUUUCUUUCUAUUUUUCCAUCAUUCCAAAUCUUUAAACGACUUCGAUUACUGUACUUUCAUUUUAAUAAGGACGCUAUCGACUGA